UUCGGAGUAUUGCCACGAUAGUUGACAACGGAACUGCUGUGUGUUAAAAAAGAAUUACAAUUAUUUUGUUAGCAAGUCCGCAUUGCUAUUUUUUCCUCUGGAUCCGAACCGAUCCGAGUCUUUCCCCUCAUGACAUAAAACCGUGUUUGUUUUUCUCUUGAUAAGUUGAUACACUCCCGGGAAAAAGAGAAGUGGCGAAUUAAUUAACGGUAUAAUUCCUGUUGCGUGACGUUAGUAGAUCAGGUAUUGAGCUCAGCUGGUUUCUUCUUUUGUCAUCAUUUAAUUUUGGGUGCGCGCUGGAUCGUUGUCGAAAAGUAUACAAAGUUUGUCUGUCUUUUAAUUCUGUGUUAAAUAAAAUUGAAUUUCAAUUUGAUAAAAUACUCCUAACACCUUUUGACAUCUUUGUCCGCCGUCACUUCACACCCGAGGAUAAGUAGCAGCAGCAGUAGCGCACGCGAGUGUCAGAUUUUUAGUGGGUGCAUGACCCGUCUUUCACUAACUCGUCAACAAAAAUAACAAAUAGGGGAACUUCGCAGCAUCUCGUGGGGGUCAACUUAGAACCGGUGCGGUGUUGUCUGAUAGUGAAGUCGAAGUGCUUUCUUGAACCUACCUAAAUAUAGAAAUUAUAUAAAAAGGGUCUAAUUAAAAAUAGAAAAGAAAAAAAAUAUUGCGUCUUAAAAGCUAAAAGCAAAAAAGCAGUGCUAAAACUUAUAACGGCAAAUUAAAACUCUCUUAACGUAACUGUUGGCGUUGUUGAUUUACACGCUCUAUAGGUACCUUACCUACUCUUGUUACUCGCGCCUCGCAGUCGCUCCUAAUAAAGUCCCAAAGUAUUUUGUUUUAUUUUUUGAAUUGUGAACUGGUGUAGGUAAAGUUUUGUGUUGACAUUCAGCGAAAGGCGAAUGAAAUUAAAUAUGGAUUGUAUUCGAUCAAAUAAUGCGGCGGAAAGAGAUUCUGACUUGGGAGAUGACUCACUUGUGUCGAACGACGAACACUCUGAGGACGACAUGAGAGACUGUGAAUCAAUGGAUGACGAAAACACCAGUCGAUUAAACACCUCAAUGGUCAACGGAAUGACUAUGGACUACGUAGGACUCGGAGGUGGCAGGAGCCCCGACCAACAACAUAAUACAGAAAUUCCAAUGAGGCCGACUUCGUGUCCAUAUAGUCAUCAUGGACAGUUUGGAGCGAAUCAUCCACUGGGCGCUCUGGGAAACUUCAUGAGUAUGGGUGGCCUCCACAGCAUACCAAACCUACAGCAACAGCACAAUGAUGUGUUGGAGAAAUUGAAGAUGCAAGUUCGCGACAUGAAAGUGGGCCUCAUGGAUCAAGAGUACCCACCACAUAGUAACUUUGGCUCAAAUGUCAUUCCAACACCCAUAAAUACGGCAUUCACAAUCCCGCCAACUUCACACAACACAUUCAGCCACUCCCCGCAGAAUCUAUCGCAGCAGUCACCACAGCCUCAACAACCCUCUAGCUUGCUGUCAUCAACGCAGCAGCUUUCGCAACAGUCUCAACCACAAACGAGUUCCCAAUCGAUGUCAAAUGGUUUCUCGUUUACAUCACCCUCAGCACCAAGCACAAAAGAUGUUAACCCAGCGUCUAACUCAUCGACAUCCAGCGAAACAUCCAACUCUUCACAACAGAAUAAUGGCUGGAGUUUUGAGGAACAGUACAAACAAGUUCGACAGCUCUAUGAAAUCAAUGAUGACCCUAAACGCAAAGAGUUCCUGGAUGACUUGUUUUCUUUUAUGCAAAAGCGGGGUUCGCCAAUUAAUCGUUUACCAAUCAUGGCAAAAUCAGUUCUUGAUCUGUAUGAGCUAUAUAACUUGGUUAUUGCUCGGGGUGGCCUCGUCGAUGUGAUCAACAAAAAGCUAUGGCAAGAGAUCAUCAAAGGAUUACAUUUGCCGUCGAGCAUAACGAGUGCAGCGUUUACAUUGCGCACGCAAAAUAAUGAAGAAACAUUUUUGGCAAUCAAGAAUGAAGAAUUUGAAAGAAGAAAAGAAAUGUACAUGAAAUAUCUCUAUCCUUACGAAUGUGAAAAGAAAAACUUGAGUUCGCCAGCUGAACUGCAGGCUGCGAUCGAUGGCAAUCGCCGAGAGGGACGUCGUUCCAGCUAUGGUCAAUUUGAGGCAAUGCACAACCAGAUGCAAAUGUCUCCAAUGGGAAGAAACAAUCUAACGGGUGCAAUACAACAAAUGUCCCCACUGGCAUUGGUAACUCAUGGUAAUCCACAAGCGGCAGCAGCAGCAGCCGCACAUCACAGACUGAUGGCACCAUCAUUUAGUCAAGUGCCUAAUUUGGUGCAACAUGAAAUCGAGCAACGCAUGAUGGAAUAUUUAAAAUUAAUCCAACCCAAAAAGGAACAACCUCGUCCUAGAUCUCAGAGUCCCGAAACAACUACCCGCGAUGCCCUGAAUGCACUCGAAAUGUCGCGUGUAGCAUUGUGGUCUAUGUACCACAACAACACAAGUCCACCAGCUUCAGUUAACACUUCACCACAGGGAAUAGAACCGCAACGUUCUUUUCCUAUUUUUAGUGAGGCGCUAAACCUCUCCGAUUCGCCACCAAAUGUUGUUAUAAAGCGAGAGCGAGAACGUGAACCUUCGGAGUUAGGUGCGAAUUCGGAUAGAGAAGAUUUCAGUCAACCGCCACCGGCUAAACGAGGACUACCAACAAAUAUGUAUAAUCCGACAAUUCGGAACAGUUUUCAUGAGGAACACGAAAUCGAAGAUACUGACCAUCGAAAUUCACCGGCUAACACAUCACUGGAACACUUGGAGCAGCAGCUCAGUCACCAUGUCUUACCGACGAAAGAGCACGCAGAAGUAAAUGGUGAAUUCUUAUCAUCGGCGAUAAAUUCCUCACCGAAAAAGCAGCAAAAUUCAAAUGUAAACGGCAACGAAAUGGACGGUGUUCAACCAAGCCGGCUGCAGGCCAAGCCAGAAAAGGAAGUCAACCAUGUAAUAAGCAAUGCAGAGUUGUCUCUUCUGUCGGGAAUGCAAUUUAAAUUGUCUCGAAAAGGUACCGGGGCCAAUGGAGAACAACAGCUCUUGGUCAAUCUCGAACUCAACGGAAUGAACUAUGAAGGAGUGCUUAUUGCGAAUCCUACUUUGUCUCAAAAUACAGUUUCUACAACAAACGCAGCGACAGCAUCCAUGCCACAUCCAGCCACCUUAAUAUCUAAUGGACCCAAUGAUGUUCAGAAAAAAAAUCGCAUAGAUGAAAGGCCGCUGCCGCUCAUACAACCAUAAACAGGGCUUAAUUUUCCGCUAAAAUUUCCACUAUGGUUAAACUAGUUGCCAAUAUGACAAUUUAAUUGAAACACACCAAAAUACCAAAGGAUCCGACGGUUAUUUUCUUUCUUUCCACAUGUAAAUAUAGGUCGACAAGAAUUUAGGUUUUAAGUCAUUUAAAAAGUUAAGCCAUAUAAUUGCUGACUACAAUUAAAUAAAUAAAAUCCAUUCACGUAAUACUAUUUCAUGUCAAAAUAGCGCUUUCUGUGGAGUGAUCAUUUUGAAACUUUGAAACUUCUCUCUAUCUCCCUGUCAGCUUAUGCGAAAGUAAAAAACAAACCAUUUCAUCAUUUUAAACAUUUAAACUUAUAAUAAUACUGUAAAUUUUCCUUAUCGAGUUGGUUAUGUGUAAUUUUGAAAUCAUAAAAGACAUUUUUUGUAAAAUUCAAGUUGAUGGGAUAUUAAAAUAAAAAUUGUACAAACUACAAAAUAAAAAAAAUUGAGAGCAAACCAGAGACAAAAUUGUAUGUAGUUUUAAUAAAUCUUCGAACGUAGAAAGCUACCACUUCUAGAGGAGACUUCAACUGACUCGAUUUUGACAAUUAAAUUGUGCAAAAAUGAAGCUAACAAAUAUAUUCAUUAUCAUUACAAACCAACAAUUUAUAAAUAAUCAUAAAUUAAGCAUCUAAUACAUAAAUUCUUUACUUAGUUAAAUAUAUUUUAUAAGAAACAUGUGCUAGUGUCUCGAAUGCGACAUUUAAAGGCAAAUUUUAUCGAUUUCUUGAUAUUUAAUAGAUAAGUUUUGUAUGCUUAUAAGUGGGCAAAUAAAAAUGAAUGCAAAAUGUAAAUAGCCUAGUGUAAUGUAAUAUUAAAAACAACUGCAUAUUGAUAAAUUAUUGAGAACUUGAAUGUUCUUAAUAAUAGUUUUACUUUAUUGCAAAAUCUAAACUAUAACAAAAAGAAAAAAAAACUAUCCAUAACGAUAAAAAUAAUAUUAGUUUAAAUUAAGAAUAAAAGUCGCAUUCGAUUCUUUUUUGUCCAUAUAAGUUUAUAAUUUAAUGUUAACAUUGUAUUUAUCUAAUGUUAUUAAAUAAUAAUAAUUAUUAUUAAAAUAGCACCGUGAAGGAAAAGCGUCGAGCUUACAGUUAUUUUUUUUUUACUUUUGAGUUGUGAAUUCAUUAUUCAUUUUGGUUAUUACAUAUUAAAAU